AUGAGGUAUGAAAAAGGUAAUACAAAACAAAUUAGUGAGGAAAAGAAAUUACUUAAAUAUGGUACUAUUGGCGAUGAAGAAAGAAGAGCCCUAAUCCUUAAAUUUCAGUAUGGAUGGUUGUCAAGGUGGAAAUGGCUGCUCUACUCCAAGUUUGUAGACGGAGUUUACUGCAAAUAUUGUUCUUUUGGAAAAGGAAGAGGCUUCCAGACUGUGGGUGUCUUAGUAAGAAAGUCUUUCAGACGUUGGAAGGACGCGAUGGAACAAUUCAAUAACCACGAAAAUAAUAAUUACCAUGAACGCUGUAUACUUAAGGCUGAAGAUUGGUUAAAAACUUAUAGAAGCACGAUACCAAGUAUCCAGAUGCAAAUUAUUGAAAAUAGGAAAGCAGUCCUACCAAUAAUUGAAACUGUAUUGUUUUGUGGUGAGCAGGGUAUACCACUUCGAGCUCAUAGCGACCACGGGAAACUUAAUUUGGAAGUUUGUCCUACUGAAAGAGAGGGAAACUUCCGAGUUAAUUCUGGAGAUAAGGAUUUGAAAAGGCAUUUAGAGAUAGGAUCGAAAAAUGCACUUUACCUCUUACCAAAAACACAAAAUGAAAUUAUUUAUGCUAUUAAUAAUAUAGUGCUGAAGAAAUUGGUUGAGAUGGUAAAUUCAGCGAAAUGUUUUACUGUUCUUGCAGAUGAAACGAUAGACGUCUCAACACAAGAACAAACAUUAAUCGGCAUGAUAUACCUACAUAAUAAUGGCAUUAGAGAAGAUUUCCUUCAGUUUGUACCUGUUUCUGAUUUAACAAGUAAGAACCUUGCGACAAUCAUUUUAAAUUACUUACGGGAGUUUGGAAUCGAUACAAAGUUUUUGAGGGGACAAGGAUAUUAUGGGGCCUCAGCAAUGAGUGAAACAUUCAUCGAAGCACAGGCUUAUGUAACGAAAGAGCAUCCGACUGCAAUAUAUGUCCAUUGUGCAUCCCAUAGCUUAAACCUUGAUAUAAGUGCAUCGUGUUCAGUUUCUAAAAUCAGAAAUUGCAGUGAGACUGCAACAAAACUCUGCGUGUUCUUUAACACUCCAAAACGAAUGGACGUUAUUAAAAGAGCAAUUGAGAAACUGUUUCCUGAAGCCAAAUCUACCCGUCUAAAACAACUCUGUCCAACUAGGUGGGUUAAGCGCCAUGAUUCCAUAUUACAAAUUCAAGAAAUGUUACCUGCUGUCAAUGAGGCUCACAGUUUCACAGUGGGAGGAUCUAGAAUCAGCUUCGAUGGCAUCGCAGCUUUUAUGUGCACUUCAGAAAUCAUCCUUCAUAAUCAGUUUACAGUCGCCUGGGUAAGGGCCGAAGAUCAAACUAUUCUCAGUCUUCACACGAGGGUUGUAACUCAUAACAACCGCGUCAGCGUUACCCACGACGAUGCGGAAACGUGGAAACUGCGCAUAAGACCCGUUAAAGAAUCUGAUAGGGGCUGCUACCUCUGCCAGAUAAAUACACAGAUUCUCAAAUCGCAGAAAGGCUGCCUGGACGUAUUCGUCUACUCAGCCAAGGAAAAGGGAAAAUUCUGCAAAUUUACCAGGUCGUCGCCUGGAGGAAUUCCUUCUAUAUCGGAAGAAGAAGAGGAAGAAGAAGAGGAAGAAGAAGAGGAAGAAGAAGAGGAAGAAGAAGAGGAAGAAGAAGAGGAAGAAGAAGAGGAAGAAGAAAAGGAAGAAGAAGAUAAAGAGAACUAUGAUGAUGAAGAGGAAACAAACGUAGAAACUUCUUUAAAAUCUAAAUUAGUUUCCUCUCUUUCCGACAAUUCAUUUUCUUUGGAGAGUUGUUCUACCGUUUAUUUUUCUGGAUACUUGGUAAAAUAA